CACAAGGGCGAGGGCAUGGAGGACUGUGGCCGCAUCAACGCCCAGCGCGGCAUCCAGCGGCUGGAGGCCAUGCUGCUGGCCCUGGACGAGAUCAACCGGGACGAGCGCAUCCUGCCGGGGCUGACGCUGGGCGCCCACAUCCUGGACACCUGCUCCAAGGACACCUACGCGCUGGAGCAGUCGCUGGAGUUUGUGCGUGCCUCGCUCACCAAAGUGGACGACAGCGAGUACACCUGCCCCGACGGCUCCUACGCCAUUCACGACGACGUGCCCAUGGCCAUAUCGGGGGUCAUCGGAGGCUCGUACAGCGACGUUUCUAUACAGGUGGCCAACUUGCUUCGCCUGUUCCAGAUCCCCCAGAUCAGCUACGCCUCCACCAGCGCCAAGCUGAGCGACAAGACACGCUACGACUACUUCGCCCGCACUGUGCCGCCUGACUUCUACCAGGCCAAGGCCAUGGCGGAGAUCCUGCGCUACUUCAACUGGACGUACGUGUCCACGGUGGCGUCGGAGGGCGACUACGGUGAGACGGGCAUCGACGCCUUCCAGCAGGAGGCGCGGGCACUGCAGAUCUGCAUCGCCAUAUCGGCCAAAGUUAGCCGCUCCAUGGACCGCUACAGCUAUGAGAACGUCAUCCGCUCACUGCAGCAGAAGUCCAACGCCAAGGUGGUGAUCCUCUUCACGCGCAGUGAGGACGCCAGGGAGCUGCUGGUGGCCGCCGCCCGCAUGAACGUCUCCUUCAUCUGGGUGGCGAGCGACGGCUGGGGCGCGCAGGAGAGCGUCGUGCGGGGAAGCGAGGCUGCGGCCAACGGGGCCUUCACCAUCGAGCUGGCCUCCUACAACAUCCACAAGUUCACCGAGUACUUCACCAGCCUCAACCCGUACAACAACACUCGGAACCCCUGGUUCCGGGAGUUCUGGGAGAACCGCUUCCAAUGCAGCCUGCACAACGUGAGCUGCGCCAAACACUCGCUGAAGGACGGCAACUUCGAGCAGGAGUCCAAGAUCAUGUUCGUGGUGAACGCGGUGUACGCCAUGGCCCACGCACUACAUAACAUGAGGCAGGCCAUCUGCCCCAACACCACCAAGGCCUGCAGCGCCAUGAAGCCCGGCAACGGCAGGAAGUUCUACAAGGACUACAUCAUCAAGACUAAAUUUGAUGCUCCCUUCCGGCCGGCCGACCGCGACCACGUGGUGCGUUUCGACGCGUUUGGCGACAGCCUAGGCCGCUACAACAUCUUCCACUACCACAAGGAGGAGGACGGCCGCUACACCUACCACAAGGUGGGCUACUGGGCCCAGAGCUUGACGCUCAACACCAGCCGCAUCCCCUGGGAGGGCCCCGCCCUGCCCACCUCGCAGUGCAGCGACCCCUGCCGCAAGAACGAGAUCAAGAGCAUGCAGCCGGGCGACGUGUGCUGCUGGAUCUGCAUCCCGUGCCAGCCCUUCCAGUACCUGCGCGACGAGUUCACCUGCCAGGACUGCGGCUUCGGCCAGUGGCCCCUGGCCAACCUGUCGGGCUGCUACGACCUGCCGGAGGAGUACAUCCGCUGGGAGGACGCCUGGGCGGUAGGGCCCGUCACCAUCGCCUGCCUGGGCAUGGUGUGCACGCUGUUUGUGAUCGGGUUGUUCGUGAAGCACAACGACACCCCGGUGGUGAAGGCGUCAGGCCGCGAGCUGUCCUACAUCCUGCUGCUGGGCGUGCUCAUGUGCUACUGCAUGACCUUCAUCUACAUCUCCAAGCCCUCGUCGGCCGUCUGCGCGCUGCGACGCCUGGGCCUGGGCACUUCGUUCGCCGUCUGCUACUCUGCGCUUCUCACCAAGACCAACCGCAUCUCGCGCAUCUUCAACGGCGUGAAGGGCGCCGGGGCACAGCGGCCGCGCUUCAUCAGCCCCGGCUCGCAGGUGGCCAUCUGCGCCGCGCUCAUCUCCUGCCAGCUGCUGGUGGCCGUGUGCUGGCUGCUGGUGGAGGCGCCGGGCGUCCGCAAGGAGGUGGCGCCCGAGCGGCGCGACGUGGUGACGCUCAAGUGCAGCAGCCGCGACGUCAGCAUGCUGAUCUCGCUCACCUACAACUGCGUGCUCAUCGCCCUCUGCACUGUCUACGCCUUCAAGACGCGCAAGUGCCCCGAGAACUUCAACGAGGCCAAGUUCAUCGGCUUCACCAUGUACACCACCUGCAUCAUCUGGCUCGCGUUUCAACCCAUCUUCUAUGUCACCGCCAGCGACUACAGGGUGCAGACCACUACCAUGUGCAUCUCCGUGUCCCUGAGUGGCUCAGUGGUCCUGGGCUGUCUGUUUGCGCCCAAGAUCCACAUCAUCCUCUUCCAGCCCCAGAAGAACAUCACCACCCUCAGAGUGGCCACCACCCGCUUCAGUGUCACCACCGGGCCUGGAUCCAGCUUCUCACAAGCCUCAGCAGCCAACAUUGUUCCCACGGUGUGCAAUGGUCGAGAGGUGGUGGACUCCACAACAUCUUCACUGUAGAGGCCUACCCACCCCACCCCACCCCACCCCAGGCCGUGUUCCUCUGCCUGGCGUGGUGUAUACAGCAGGUUUAGUCUCUUAUCUGAGUAUGUUAACUCUGAGCAAGUGGUACAUCUAGUAAUAUAAGUGACCUGUGUCUCAAAUCCAAGUCUCUUCUAUUAAAAUGGUUUACGACUCGUUCUGGGUUAGCCUAACUGGGUUAUGGCUCAUUCUUUUGAAACUCGUUUG